AUGUCUGGCUCUGCGGGCGAUACUGCUCAUACAGACGAAGCCUCCGAGGAGCUCGAGACCUCGAUGGCUCAACCGGAUACCUACGCCGAGAGAAUAUCACAGUCGGCCAGUGGGGUACGCGAAAGAAUAGCCAAGCGUUUCGAGCCAGGGGAAAACAAGACUACUACACGACGCUAUUCGGAUACGCCCAUCUUGGAGCCAAUGGACCGCCCAAUCCAAGACAACUUCUCGGGUGAGGAUUUCGACGACCAAACGGAGCCUCCUGAGAACUCCCCAAUGGCAAAGGCUCAUGAAGUCGUAGCCAAAGCCCUUGGGGGCGGAGGGCAGGAUGCGAGUUAA